UUCAACACACACAUCUCCAAGUAUUUUUAACGCGCGGGUGUUCUUUUAAAUCAGUUUUAGUUGUGCAGUAGAAUACAAUAAUACGAGCAUGUCACAUUCUUCAACGCCAAACUUCAGAAAGACGCGUGGUAUACCCAGGCUCUCCAAAUUUACCUUCACUCACAGCAACAACUCCGCUGCAGAGGUCACUGAAAGCGCUGAUUCCAAUAACAGUGACCCAAAAACAUCAUAUGUGCGUCUCUUGAAGAUACCACGCGCAGCUCCCUGCAUUGAGAGCUACGGUUUUAAUCUUACGCGCAGCAAGUGGGAUCCGUAUCCAUGGGUCUCUGAGGUUACAUUAGGCACACCGGCUGCACAGUGCGGACUGAAAGCUGGCGAUUGCGUUUUAGAGGUAAAUGGAUACGAUGUUCUAGGAAUGCGCAUUUUGGAGAUAUCUAAAAUAGUUAAAGAUCAGCAAGAUUAUGUGACACUUCUGCUAUGGAACAGCGGAUGCAAUGUGGACUGUGAUAAAAAUACUAUUUGCUGCGCUCCGGUAACAACCAGCCUGAAACGCCUGACCAUUAUAGUGCAGGGCGUACUCAGCAUUAUCGAGUGCCCCGUUUGCAUAAACACAAUUACUCCCCCGGCAAUGCAGUGUCAAAAUGGACACCUACUCUGUCUUAAUUGUCGCAUACGUGCGGAAAGGUGCCCUAUGUGUCGGGAAUUCUAUACUCCCAAACGGGCUUUAAUCGCUGAGCAGAUUUUUGUAGCUAUGGCCGAUACAUUCGAGCUUUGUCGCACGGAAAAUAAGCUGCGACACAAAAUCUUUGGUGGCAACAUUUCGUCAAAAGAUAUACGAAAACCUAAAUCUCGGAGUCCUAAGGAGGCCAGCAUCUGCCAGAUAAAAGCAACGAAUCACUGCCUGUCGCCAGUGUCCCUAGUCAACGAUUCCCUAUCUUCGGAUGCUUCCGAACAGGUGGUGGUGGAAAAUAAAGUGCCGACGGCAACUCCAAAUGCUCGCACUGAGCCAAGUGGCUUCCGAGAAAAGUCUACAUUUUUAUCAAAUACUUGUAAUUUUAAGCAAUCUGGCAUGAACGUUGAAACUAAUUCACUCACUCUGGACCUGAACAAUGAGAGGGAUAAGUGCGAUAGUUUAAGUGUAUAUCGACCUAUCUGCGAAGCAGGAACGGCAGGCGUCCUGCCGCAUGACAUGAACGCAACCCCAACUGGCAAUGCUCUCGUCAAAGUUUCAAGAACCCCCAGACAAUCUUCAAUUGAAGUGCGUAGCAUCAUUUAAUUACUAUCACAUCGAUGUCCUUAAAUCAGCCUUUAAUUCAACCAUUCUUUCUGUGCCAGUAAAUCAAAAGUUUUUAUAAUAUUUAA